GGGUUGUGGGAAGGAAGUUGCUCUUUGGGGGCAUUCAAAAAGGGCCGGCGGCUUUCCGGUCGCACAGACAGAGGAGCCCCACGUGCCGUGAAGACACAUUUCUCGCCAUCCGAUCUCCUGAAAGAGCCACUUAGGCAAAGACAUGCCCCCAACCUGGGUGGUGGCUGUAGCCUCUCUGGUAUUCCUGAGGACCUCCGCCGCCGCUCAGGAUCUGGCCCUGGAGGAAGCCUGGAAAGAAUGGAAGGGACUUCACACCAAAGAAUAUCUUGAGGAGGAAGAGGCGUUCCGGAGGGCCGUCUGGGAGAAGAACUUGCAAAGGAUUGAACUUCAUAACCUCGAGGCUUCCUUGGGGAAGCACAGCUACCGGCUAGCGAUGAACCACUUGGGCGACUUGACGGAGGAAGAGAUUAACCGGAGGCUGAAUGGCUUCCAUCCUGGCCCUGUUCACCGUCAUGGUGAGAACCGUGUCUUGUUCCAUGAAUCGACCUCCCUGGAGAGCCCCAAAGAAGUCGACUGGCGCAAAAAAGGUUACAUCACCCCAGUGAAAAAUCAGGGCCAUUGCGGGGCAUGCUGGGCCUUCAGCGCCACUGGAGCUCUGGAGGGUUUGCUCUUCAAUAAGACAGGCAAACUGGUCUCGCUCAGCGAACAGAACCUCAUCGACUGCUCCGGAAAGCUGGGGAACCACGGCUGCCACGGGGGGUACAUCACCCGAGCCUUUGAGUAUGUGCGGGAUAACAAGGGCAUCAACUCAGAGGAUGCAUACCCCUACAUGGAGAAGGAGGGAUUCAACUGCCGUUACAACCCCCGAGAACGAGCUGCCAACUGCACUUCUCUAGUGGCCGUUCAACGGGGAAGCGAAGCAGCCCUGGAACAGGCGGUGGCCACGAUCGGCCCAGUUUCAGUCGCUGUGGAUGCCCACCACUUCCCCUUCCAUUUCUACAAGUCUGGAAUAUUUUCCAACGUCUUCUGCAGCAAUGUCGUGAACCACGCCAUGUUGGCAGUUGGCUAUGGCACAUCUCAGGGAGACGGGAAGGCGUACUGGAUCCUGAAGAACAGCUGGUCAGAAAAUUGGGGCGAGCAAGGUUACAUGCGACUGGUGAAGGGAGCUGGCAAUCAUUGCGGUGUAGCCAACCAAGCGAGCUAUCCGACCAUGUAACCGACUAAGAAGCCCGGAUCCCUUCCAGAGACUUCUCAGCUUCAGAGCAUUUCAAGCUACAGCUUCGGUUAUCAUCCUUCCUGACGUACCUGAAACUGAAAAUCUUACUUCAAUUCUGGACUUUUGCAAAUGAUGACACAAAGCCAACUAAGUGUGCAUUUCUGGGAGAAGUUUGUACACCCUUUGGAUGCUGGUGCUCUUUUCUUUCUUGAAACCAUUUCGAUUAUGGAGGCUAAAAUGGAAAUAGGGGGAACUCUUACCCAAGAAAAUUAUUUCUCAAGAAAACAGUCUAUGUUUGGCCUGUAUGAGAGCCAGCGUGGUGUAGUAGUUAAGAGCAGGUGAAUUCUAAUCUGGAGAACCGGGUUUGAUUCCCCACUCCUCCACCUGAGUAGCAGGGGCUUAUCUGGUGAACCAGUCUGGCCUUCCUAGUCCUUCACCAAAACCUGGCUAUCCAGCCUCUUGAGAACCAAAGCUCUCUCAUUCUCCCCCUUUCUCCUCACAAACACCCACCCUCUGAAUUUUCAAACAGCUGCAAUACCAGCCAGCCAAUCAGGUGGAGGUCCUCUUUAAAUUCUCCUUAAACUCCUUAAAUUCUUUUUGCUCUGACAGAACUGCCCUUUAAAAUUAACCCUUAAUGAGCAGCAUCACAGCAACAGUCGUAUUUGGGUCUUUAUUGGUAUCUGCUAAACUCUGCUAAUUAUAUCCACUGACAAAUUGACCACUGGGUACAGUAUUUCUUAUGUAUUUGCUGUAUGAAUUAUUUUGCUCUCACUGCAUUUUUCAGUACUUAUGAAAUUCCAUUUUUUUGCAUUCUUUAAGGCAGGGAUCUUCAAACUAUGGCCCUCCAG